AUGAGUGGCACCUCCGGACAUGGUAGAACUCAUGGCAUACCUGCUCUCGGUCAGGAGAGCGCGCCAGGCCUUCGUAGCACACGAUCAGGUUCAGGAGCGAGCGUCGAGGUCUUUGCUCCACGCGGUGCCUCAGAAACGGUUACUAGCGAACGCGACUUAUCCGAUCUGGUGUCUCGUUUCAAGUCUCUGUCAACUUCCGGUUCCGACAAGCUCGUCCGUCCUGGUUUCGGCUCGCAUGGUAUUCAGACCAGGCUUCGCACGAAUUUUUUCCGCUUGAACCUUACGCAAUCUGUUUCUCUGUUUGACUAUAUCCUCAAGGUCGAGCCGCCCAUCGAUGUCGAUGACGAGGACCUUCGAAAACAUGUCAUCAAGCUUUUUGACGGUUCAAAGGAAAUGGCGCCGUUUACCCAAGGUGUUGCUCAUGAUGGUGUCCGUCGGCUCAUUGCAAGGGCACCGCUUCCUCAGAAUAUUCACGUAACGGUCAAUGUUCCAGCCGGAGACAAAGCUUACAGGGUAACCUUGGUCGGUCCUAGGGAACUCCGGACCACAGACCUUUCUCGGUUCCUUCGCGGCGAUGAUCCCGAAUAUAAUCCGGUACCGAUUGUAUCCGCAUUCAACCUGAUUGUCUCUGAUUUCGCCGCGCGUAAUGGUAUCUGCGGUUCGGGAAAACGGGCGUUCUACUUUGAACCCAAUACAGAGACGGGUGUUCGAGUUAGAGCUGACAUGACCGUCAUCAACGGAUUCUUUAUGUCGGUCCGCCCAGUCUACAACUCCUUGAUGGUUAACGUUAAUGCAUGCAUGAGUGCAUUUUACGUCCCGAAGGAACGUCUGAGCGACGCCAUGCUCAGUUACCGACGCGAGUCACAUGGUGCGAUGCAUCCGGCGAAAUUCUUCGGUAAGAUUAGGGUGACGACAAAUUACCUCGGUUAUCCUAGGAGGAGCAACGUAAAGGGCUUCGGCGAACCGGCGAGAAAGGCGACAUUCCGUUCUGAGGAAAUGGGUAAGGUCACAGUGGAGAAAUAUUUCCAGAAAAAAUACGGUAUUACUCUCCAGCAUGCGGACGAUCUGCCAGUAGUCAUCCUCGGUAACAGCGACAAGGACGCUCUGGUUCCUGCUGAGCUCUGCACAAUCGAGGCUGGUAGUCUCUUCACAGGUCAGCUAACUCGUCGCGAGAGUGCCGCUUUGUGCGCAGCAAACUCGAAGUCGCCCAAGGGAGAUGCGCAGACGCUGGCAGCCAAAGGCUCUCACUUGCUCGGAUUCGACCGCAAGGUGCAACCGAUGGCAAGCUUCGGAAUCAAUGUCUCUCCUGAGCUUGCUGUCGUUUCUGCUAGGAUCCUCCCGUCUCCGACGAUUGUCUGUAAGUCGGGCCAGCUGCAGGUCUCCAACGGUUCCUGGACAACUCGCGGCUUUCGUUUUGCGAAACCCGCUGGACUCUCGAAAAUGGCGGUUCUCAUCUUGCAGGAUGGGGGUGAGGAUUACACGAGCAAUUCCGAAGGCGCACUGCAUGAAGCAGUACAAGCUCUAUUGGCGAAGUGUCGAUCUUGCGGCAUGGAAGUGGAUCCGUCGUACAUCGUCCGCAUUAUCCAGCUCCCGGAGGCGAGUUCCGAUGAUCCAUAUCGCGACCAGGCUGUCAGGAUGAUUCAAAGCACGGUUGCGAAUUUUCCUGGCAGGCCGAAUAUCGUCCUUACUCUCAUGUCGAAUCGCGAUACCCAUAUCUUUGCUGGAGUGAGACGCGUACUGGAUACGGUUGUCGGGUGUCAAGGCUUGGUUGCACUCACGUCGAACAUACAGGACAAGGACGGCCAGGACCAGUAUCUGACAAACCUCGCCCUUAAGCUGAAUGCGAAGAUGGGUGGGAUCAACCAUCUUCUGGACCCGGCGUCUCUGAAAUGGCUUCAAGGGACUAUGUUGGUCGGCUUGGAUUUGACUCCACCUGGCGAAGGUAGCAUGAAGGGUGCUCCAAGUGUCGCGGCUAUGACUGCUAGUGUAAAUGGCUCAUUCGCACAAUACCCGGCGAGCCUGUCCCUUCAAGACGGCAAGAAACUGGCUAUAGUGAACGCGAAGAACAUGUUAAUCGAACGUCUCAAGGAUUACAGGCGUCAAAACAAGGCUCUUCCGGACCGUAUUAUCGUAUUUCGUGCUGGACUUUCUGACGGCGCAAUCCAGAAGGUGGCUAUGGCCGACGUCGCGGAAAUAAAGAAAGCUUUCCGGGACCUCGCCGAUUACAAGCCUCGUUUGACGUAUGUGGUCUGCAACAAAGGUCAUAAGGUCAAGUUCUACCCGAUGAGACCUGAGGAUGCCGACCCGACGUCCAACCCGAAGGCCGGAACCGUUGUCGAUCAAGGAAUCACGAGUAUCUACGAAUAUGAUUUCUAUCUUCAGGCGCACUCGGCAUCGCAGGGAACGGCUAAGGCGACUCAUUACGUUGUGGUGUACGACGAGAACAAAUUUUCUCCGGAUACUCUGCAGCACGGAAUUAACGAUCUAUGCUACCUUUGGGCACCCGCGUCGACCAGCGUUAGCCUCGCCCCGCCUGCGUACUGGGCGGACCGUGCGUGCGCACGUGCGCGCCUGUACCUCCACCGCAUCAUGUCUCCAAUUGCGGGAAGCAAAGAGACGAAGAUGUCGGAGAGGGAGCUUGAGUCGAGGGUGAAAGGACUGUGGGGUGGUGGAGUCCACGACGACCUCAAAGGUUCCAUGUAUUACAUGUGAGUCGCUGUGAGUACGAUAAAUAAGAUGCGAGUGUAAGAAUAGUCAGAUAAUUUCUCGAAUGACUGCUUAAAUGUCUUAGCUGAAUAGAUAAAGUUAAAUUGCUUGCUGUACGAUUGAGUAGUAUACUUGACCAAUCGAAGUUGUAUCGUUGAAUUAGCAUGAAUGAAUAUGAAGAGUAUGAU